AUGUCCCUCUACAACUUCACCCUCAACAACGACCCCCGCAUCACCUCCAUCCUCGAGUUCUGGUUCAACCCAGAAUGGAUGCACUAUCCCUACCUCAAAUGGUUCACUCCGGACCCCAAAUUCGACGCCGAGAUCGCCCACAACUUCGCCACUCUUGUCUCCCUCGCUCGCACAACCACAAGUCUCGACUCCUGGGCCAAUGACUCCCCCGAAGGCUCCCUCGCUCUAAUCAUUCUCCUUGAUAAAUUCCCGCGAAACUUGUACAGUAGGAGCAGUGCCAAAGCAUUCAGCAGUGACGGGAAGGCUCUGGGUGUUGCCCAACGCGCGGUCAAGCAAGGGUUGGAGGGAGAGGUGGGGUUCGUAGAGCAAGUGUUCUUCUACCUGCCGUACAUGCAUGCGGAGGAUCUGGAGGUCCAGAAUCAGAGCGUGGAGUUGUAUCAAGCAUUAGCGGAUCGAGGAGCCGGUGGCGAUGUGGAAAAGUGGUUGGUGGAAUGUGUGGAUUUUGCUAAGAGGCAUCAAAGGGUCAUUCAAUUGUUUGGGCGAUUUCCAGCGAGGAAUGAGGUGCUGGGGAGGAAGAGCACGGAGGCGGAAGUGGAGUUUCUGAAGACGCAUCCGUCGGGGUAUUGA